AUGGGGGUGCCGAAGGUUCACAGAAUUCGGCUGGUGGAGGUAGCAGCACCAGUUCAGCAGAAGCAAGAAGCUGACGUACACCUGAGUGAGCCGGAAGGCCAGGACGCCACGGGCGGCUGCGAGAACACUGCUGACGCACUGUCGCGUCUGCCAGCACCUGUGACGGAGGCAGCUGAUGACGAGAGCAUCACCGUAGCAGCAGUUGAAGCUCAUCUGCAGGCGGUGACGAGGGAGGAGCUGGUGUCGGCAUCUCGGUCGGACCCUCAGCUGCAGCAGCUGGCAGAGCAGAUCCCACGGCCGUGGCCGACGCGGUACGGAGACUGUCCGGCAGCUCUCAGGCCGUUCUACCGCUUCAGGGGGGAGCUUGGAGCCGUAGACGAUGUCCUGGUCAGGGGAGAGCGUCUACUGGUGCCGACCAGCCUCCGACAGCGUCUGUUAGCAGCAGCACACGAGGGACAUCAAGGAAUAGUCCGGACGAAGCAGCGGAUCAGGCAGCACUUCUGGUGGCCUGGACUGGAUGCAGCGGUGGAAGAGAUGGUCAGAGCGUGCGAGGUUUGUGCAUCUUCCGACAAGACGGCUACUCCGAGGAACGCUCCGCUGCACCCUGUACCGCUGCCUGAAGGACCGUGGGAGAAGGUCGGGAUCGACUUCAUCGGGCCGAUGGAGGGCGGAGGACAGCGGCAGCGGUUCACCAUCGUUCUGGUCGACUACUUCUCCAAGUGGCCAGAGGUCGGCUUCUGUUCGAGCCCGUCGACGGAGGUGGCGAUCGAGUUCCUGGAGGUGGUUGCUUCCAGGGAGGGGUACCCGUUACAGGUGGUCUCUGAUAACGGUACGGCUUUUGUGUCCGCAGAGUUCACGGCUUACCUGCGGAGGGUCGGCGUUCAGCAUGUACGGGUAACGCCGUACCACCCCAGAGGCGCUGGAGCGGUGGAGCGCAUGAACAGAGUGGUGAAGUCCGCGCUGCAGACGGCGUCCAAGGAGAAGCAGGACUGGUCACAGGCGGUGCGCCAGUUCCUGAGGACGUACCGUUCGACGCCUCAUGCAACCACCGGCCUGAGUCCGUCGGAGAUGCUGCAUGGUCGUCAACUCCGGACGAUGCUGCAUGCACCCACGCACCCUCCGGGAUCGCUGAGCUGGUUGGACCAUCGGCGUACCGGCUGGACAGUGGAGCACUGGUCCACGACGAGAGGCUGACUCGCUGGACUGGAUCGCCUCCGACCGGGCUGGGAGACGAUGAGCAGCCGCAGCUCUCGGAUCUUCCCGUCGUCCGCUCCCCGCCGGAGCCGGUCGACGAGCCUCCGGCUGAGGCCACGGCGGCGGCACCGACUCCAGAGCAGCGGCCGGAUCGUCAGCCCGACGUGCCUGGGCACCGCACGCGAUCUGGGAGACGUGUUCGUGCACCUGUGCGUUGGUGUCCGUAGGUGUGCCUUUGUGUAGGGGGGAAAGAUGUAGUGUCUGGGCCGCCCGCCCGGCGGGGCGCUCGCGGCGGCACAGCAUGCCACAGGGGCAGACUGGCCAGCUGGGCGGCUGGGCGGCUGGGCGGCGGCCGGGCGGGAGUCGCCGGCCGGGGGCUGAGAGGCGCGGAGCGCGCUCUUCUGUAUCUCUUUUGUUAUGUCUCUUUGAGUUAAUACCAUCGUCUAUGUGAAGA